CCUCGGCGGCGUGGGAUGGGGAGGAGGGUGGAACAAAGUUUGCCAUCGCGUUCCCCAGAGGGGGUCCAGCACGGAGCCUUGGGUGGGGGGACCAGUGGGGAGGGCUGGCGAGCAGGGCCUGCCCCUGCCUGUGAGUCUCGGAGGGCCCCCGACGCGGGUCUCUUAAGGAGAGCACCUGCGCCCACCACCGCGCAGACCCUUCAGCACAUGGUGAUGAGUUUCCGGGUAUCUGAGCUGCAGGUGCUCCUUGGCUUUGCUGGCCGGAACAAGAGUGGACGGAAGCACGAACUCCUAGCCAAGGCCCUACACCUCCUCAAAUCCAGCUGUGCCCCCAGUGUCCAGAUGAAGAUCAAAGAACUUUACCGCCGUCGCUUUCCCCGGAAGACCCUAGGGCCCUCUGAUCUCUCUCUGCUCUCUUUGCCCCCUGGCACCUCUCCUGUAGGCUCCCCUGGCCCUCUGACUCCCAUUCCCCCAGCCCUUUUGGCUCCUGGCACCCUUCUGGGCCCCAAGCGUGAGGUGGACUUGCAUCCCCCUCUACCGCAGCCCGUGCACCCUGAUGUCACCAUGAAACCAUUGCCCUUCUAUGAAGUCUACGGGGAACUCAUCCGGCCCACCACCCUUGCAUCCACUUCUAGCCAGCGGUUUGAGGAAGCGCACUUUACCUUUGCCCUUACACCUCAGCAAGUGCAGCAGAUUCUUACAUCCAGAGAGGUUCUGCCAGGGGCCAAAUGUGAUUAUACCAUACAGGUGCAGCUAAGGUUCUGUCUCUGUGAGACCAGCUGCCCCCAGGAGGAUUAUUUUCCCCCCAACCUCUUUGUCAAGGUCAAUGGGAAACUGUGCCCCCUUCCGGGUUACCUUCCUCCCACCAAGAAUGGGGCUGAACCUAAGAGGCCCAGCCGCCCCAUCAACAUUACACCACUGGCUCGACUCUCAGCCACUGUUCCCAACACCAUUGUGGUUAAUUGGUCAUCUGAGUUUGGACGGAAUUACUCCUUGUCUGUGUACCUGGUGAGGCAGCUGACUGCAGGGACCCUUCUACAGAAACUGAGAGCAAAGGGCAUCCGCAACCCAGACCAUUCUCGGGCCCUGAUCAAGGAGAAAUUGACGGCUGACCCUGACAGUGAGGUGGCUACUACGAGUCUCCGGGUGUCACUCAUGUGCCCGCUAGGGAAGAUGCGCCUGACUGUCCCAUGUCGUGCCCUCACCUGCGCCCACCUGCAGAGUUUCGAUGCUGCCCUUUAUCUACAGAUGAAUGAGAAGAAGCCAACAUGGACAUGUCCUGUGUGUGACAAGAAGGCUCCCUACGAAUCUCUUAUUAUUGAUGGUUUAUUCAUGGAGAUUCUUAAUUCCUGUUCGGAUUGUGAUGAGAUCCAGUUCAUGGAAGAUGGAUCCUGGUGCCCAAUGAAACCCAAGAAGGAGGCAUCUGAGGUUUGCCCCCCGCCAGGGUAUGGGCUGGAUGGCCUCCAGUAUAGCCCAGUUCAAGAGGGAAAUCCUUCAGAAAAUAAGAAGAAGGUUGAAGUUAUUGACUUGACAAUAGAAAGCUCAUCAGAUGAGGAGGAUCUGCCCCCAACCAAGAAGCACUGUCCUGUCACCUCAGCUGCCAUCCCAACACUACCUGGAAGCAAAGGAGUCCUCACACCUGGUCACCAGCCCUCCUCGGUGCUACGGAGUCCUGCCAUGGGCACCUUGGGCAGUGAUUUCCUGUCUGGUCUCCCACUACAUGAGUACCCACCUGCCUUCCCCCUGGGGGCUGAUAUCCAAGGUUUAGAUUUAUUUUCUUUUCUUCAGACUGAGAGUCAGCACUAUGGUCCUUCCGUCAUCACCUCGCUAGAUGAACAGGAUGCCCUGGGCCACUUCUUCCAGUACCGGGGGACCCCUUCCCAUUUUCUGGGCCCCCUGGCCCCCGCACUGGGGAGCUGUCACCGCAGCCCCACUCCAGCACCCUCUCCUGGCCGUGUCAGCAGCUCUGUGGCUCCUGGGGCGCCCUUGAGGGAGGGACAUGGAGGACCUCUGCCUUCAGGUCCCUCUGUGACUGGCUGUCGGUCAGAUAUCAUUUCCCUGGACUGAGCUCCUUGGAGUAUGGAACCUUCACUGUCCUCCAACACUGAGCAAAUAUGCUGUGUGGACCCCAGCCCCUGGCCACUCUCAUCCCUCGGGGGCUUUGGCCAAAGGCCACACAGACCUUCAAGGACACCUACUUUGGCCUCAUCUCUGCCUAACAAAGCCAGCAGCAAAAGACCUACCUGCAGCUGCUGCCCUGACCCCUGGGAGAUCACAAGUGGAUAAAGAAUGAUGUGAUGGUAUUUGGGGAAACCCCAGCUCACCUAGGAGGAUAGGCAGACUAAGAAGAAAACAGCCAAAGUGAGAAAUUCCUGUUUUUGAGACUUCAUAAGUAUAGUUUUAGGAUGAAACAAAAUGCUGGCUAGAAACUGAGAAAGUGGAUAAUGUGGUGCAGGAGGGACAUGGGGAGGGUUGUCAUGGCUUGAGGACUCCAGUCUACCCGCACUUCACCAGUUCCCCAGUGUCCAAGGCAGGUAGAGGCUAUUCUGUGGACUUUGGGGGUCGUUGAGGUCUCAGUUAAAUAGGGAAGGGCCUCUUCCAGGGCCCUGUCUCAGCUCCCAUAAUCCCAACGGGACCCAAGACAACUGGCCCUGGGGCAGCUGCAGUCCAGUCUCCUCCCACAGCUCUCCAAGUCCCCCGUCAGCAGCUGGGAGUCGGAGAGGGCAGGUCCGAGGCCAAAACCCGUCUCUAGUCCUUUGGUCUUUUCCUCCCUUAACCCCGCCCAGGGUGGACCCGGACUUGGGUUUCUUGGCUCAGGGCAGGUGGGUCAGCGGCCUGGUACCUCCUCAUCAAGGUCCCCAUGUCCACCUACGGCGCCAUGUCCUGUCCCGAGUCGUCCUCUGCCAGCAGCCAGAAUGAGCUCAAGUCGGUUCACUGCGAUCACACGACGGUGGAGUUCACCGCCACCUACCGUACUGCACUGGGGGGACCUGCUAAGGCAGGGCGGCUCCCACUCCUCCCCGCUCCCAGCAGGGACCGACCGUCAGCCCUCUCUCUAGCCUACAUUCUGGCACCGCCCGCGCCCUCUUUUCUAGUCCUCGCUAUUUGUAGUUGGCACAAACCCCAGCCUCUACCCCUGUCACCUGGAAAAUCCCUCACCCCUCAAGCCACAGAUUGUCCCUUUCCUUUCUUGCCUCUGUGCACCUGGCACCGACUCCUCCACUUCAGCUCUCCGUGUACUCGGGUCUCUUCUCCCCGCCAGGCCGUAGGUACUCGGCUCUUUGUAUCCCUGAGGGCUGGCUCAGUUCUUGGUACUAAGUGAACGAUGGUGGGAGGGUUUUGUAUAUUGUAUUUAAUUAGCACUCUUGUUUUAAAGAGUUAGAGCAAACACUGGUUUGGAUCAUAAACAACAUGUAACUGCUUUAAAUGAAUUGAAGCUGCUGGGACAAAUUAUAUCCAUGAUGGUGAGAGAGAAUUUAGAGUUGUCAUUUUCCAGAGACCAUGUGAAAAGGAAAGCAAUAAUUUACUGCUUGCUUAUGAGAAGCCUGACAUUGUGCUGUGUUCUACCUUCAUAUUUUCAGAUGUACCAGAAGCCCAGAGCUGGCAAAUGCGUCUGGUAACCACACAUUCAAAUGUGACUGCUUGAGCCAAUCCACCUGUUAGCCCUAAAAAUAGGCUUUCUCUCCACUUCAUGGUUCUUUCUACUGCCAAGGUUUGAUGAGAGGAGAAUAUAGUGAUGGGUCUAAGCCAGUCAGCAGACUUGAAAAAAUACUUUUCCAGAUCUUUUGAGGAAGGUGCUUCUUCUGAGUCAUUGUCUCUUCAUGGUGCUCUCGAUGUAUGACUCCAGCAAGAAGAUUGUUUCAUCUACCUGGAUCUCACUGGCGUCCAACCUGAGUGAAAAAGGUCUCCAGCUGCUGACGUUCAGGAGCUGUGAUCAUCUCUUCUAUUUCUUGUAGCUGUGCCUCCUCUGCACCUGUGGCCUGCAUAGAUGCAAUGAUGGCUUCUACCCUCUGAGACUUUUCUAGUAGACGCCUGUCAGACAAACACAACUCUGAGGCUUCUUCCUUAAACUCUGAGGUUUUCUUACCCUUUCUCCCCGAGGCACAAGUUCCCCUUUCACCAUGUUCCUGAUCAAAGUGGAUAACAGCACCAUUUAAAGACAUUUUCUAUAGACUUACUCUGCAAAAGUAUUUGGGGGUAUACUGGAAAAGUCUAUAGACUAAUGCACGAUUUAUGCCAACCUAAAACAAUGAUUCAAUUAACUAGACUAGUUAUUGGAUAUCUGUCUCCAUUUCUAUAGAAAAUUCCCUUUAGGCCUUUGAUCUUGAAAAAUGUAAAUGACAAAUGAAAAUGCUACUCACUUGUU